AUGACAAAUUCUCAUCAGCGUUAUUUUCUUCUUUUGAGCUUUAUUCUAAUCUCCAUAAUCUGGACAUCUUUAAAGGAAAAUAUUCUAAAUUGCCCUUAACUUUCCAAAAUGAUAUUGGCUUUAGCAAAACUUAAUAACCUCUCCAGUUUAAAACUCAAUCUAAGUAAUAAUGAUAUUAAAUGUUAACCAGUUAUAGAACUAGCUGAGGUUGUGAGAUAAUGUUAGAAUUUAAAACUUUUAGAACUCAAUCUUCAAUAAAAUCCGAUAGGUAUAUUUGCAAAUGCAAAUUUAUAUUAAUAAAUCAGUAAAAUUACUCAAUUAGUAGAAUUUAGUUUCCUUUUUGAUUAUUAUGAAUGUACUAAUUGCUAUGAUAGUUACUCUAGCUAUGAAGAAGAGGAUGAUUCAGUUUAAAAUAAAAAUAAAUGA